AUGGAUCACGACUCAGGCGAAGGUAAGCUGGAGAGUGUGCCAAAGUUUGAUGGGAGCGACUAUUGGACUUGGAGCUUCCGAUUCAAACAAUGGGCAGAGGUGCACGAUCUAUGGGGGUACUUUGACGACUCGGAGGAGCGACCUGCAACGGGUGAUGCACGGCUGAAGUGGGAGAGGAAAAAUCAGAAGGCAUUCGCCCAAUUUUGCAAUGCCUUGGUGCCAGAUGAGCUGAUUCGCUUGGUACGGGAGUUCGGCGGCAAGACCGAGUUGGGCAGCGCACCUGUUGAUGGCGGAGCAAGAGCAGUCACUCGGGUUCCUGCAGGCACAGCAUCGGCAUACACACGAGUGAAGGAGUUCUACCUUCAGCGUGGAUUGUGUAAUCGGAUGGCACUCUCUGAGGAGCUCUCCUCAUUGAAGAUGAAAGAGGGGGAGGGAGUGGCUGCAUACUGGGCGCGUGCCGAGGACUUGAGGUCCAAGUACUUGGCUGCAGGAGGGAAGGAGGAGGUUGAGGAGUGGAUGAUGAGAGUACUCAAAGGACUACCUCCUCAUUUUGAGAUGCUGAAGGUGGUGCUGAACAAGCAGUCAUCAUCACUCACUAAGGAUGAGCUGCUUACCUCCUUGAAGAGCGAGGAGAUGCGGAUUGGUGUCGCACCAAGAUCGGAUUGUGUAGCCACCUUUGGAGCGGGCAAGGCACAGGUGGCGGAUGAGGAGGAGCAGGAUGAAAAGGCAGAGGCUGUGGUUGGAGAGGCAGUUGCAGCAGUGGUUAGAGAGGCAGUUGCAGCAGUGGUUGGAGAGGCAGUUGCAGCAGUGGGAGAGGAGCAGCAACAAGAGGGGUCGUGGAUUGACAAUGGGGCCAGCCCCAACUUUACUCCUUAUGCGUCAGACUUCAAAAGUAAACUUCAGCCACCAGAAGUUCGGGGAGUAAGAUUGGGAGAUGGACGGGUGGUGAAAGCUGUUGGCAUGGGUAAGGUGCCAGUGGUUGGUGCUGGAGGUCAGCUGCUGAGGAUUCAAAAGGUCCACCUUGUGCCUGAGAUGCACACGCGUCUGCUCUCAGUCCCACACCUCACCUCUCGAGACGUCAUUCUCAUAUUCAAGGGCAAGAAAUGUGUCCUUCAACCGGGGGAGCGGGUAUUGGCGAUUGGAGAAAAGGAGAGGGGAAGGGACCAUAGAUUGGUGCGGAUAUUUCUUCCUCUUGCUCGGGGCACACAAGGCAGUGCUCUUGCAGCGGGUCCUCCUCCUCAUUUUCCCCAUUGA